CGGAAAUGACUUUAGUGCAGCAUAACAAUGCACAGCACCCUAAUAAGUUCAGUCCAAAACUGACUACUAUUGCCUGCUAUUUUACACAUGCACAUUUUCUUCAGGAACAUGCAAGUCCAUUCUGGUGUCCUCCACCUUGUGAAUAUGUGGGCUGGUCAGUUCAACAUGUCUGUUUAAUGGUGUCUUAUUGAAGCUGUUCUUCUCCUUCAGAACUGUAUGGCGCUGCCUUGGCAACCCUCAUUAACACACUUUCCUUGCUGAGAAACGGCUUUGUACAUCACAUAAUAACUUCCCGCUGGGAGAUCUGCUGCUGUUACCUGGAAACUGCAUCAGGUCCAGAUGCUGAUCUGUGUGUCCGUCUCUCUCAUCAGUGUCCAGACGGGCUGAGACCCAUGAAGGAUGGCUCGGGCUGCUAUGAUUACUCUCUGGGAACCGACUGUACUGACGGAUUUAAUGGAGGCUGCGAGCAACUCUGUCUACAGCAGCUCGUUCCUCUUCCUGAAGACCCAACAUCCAGCAAUGUGCUCAUGUUCUGCGGGUGUGUGCAGGAAUAUAAGCUGGCAGCUGACGGCCGCUCUUGUCUUCUGUUGGCUGAUCACUGCGAAGGACCCAAAUGUCCUAAACAAGACUCGCGGUUCAACAACACACUCUUCAGCGAGAUGCUGCACGGAUACAACAACAAGAGCCAGCAGCUGAUCCUGGGACAGGUCUUUCAGAUGACCUUCAGGUCAGUUUGGGUUUAUUAUUAUCAGGGUGUCUUAAUGGUGAGCAGUUCGUCUGAUGAGCGUAAAACACUUCAUCUUUAUUACCUCAUCAAUGUUGGGUGUCAGCCGUGAUCUAAACACCGUCAAAGCCAGAAAACCGUUUCAGCAGCUGGAAAUGAAUAAAAAUGUUUCCUAUGCAAAGACACCUUGGCUGUUGAACUCAACUCUACUUCUUUGUUUCUAUGUGGAGGAUUUUAUAAAUGCAGACAUCAUUUACAAUCUCGUUUCUCGGAUUUCACUCCGUUAGCAAGUUUACAUGCACACCAAUAUGCUGACAGCUUAUUGAAUUACCCCAGAAUAAGGAAUCCCAGUGUCCUGACAUUUUUAUCCUACCCAUCAGAUUGUAUUGCAGUUAUUAAUUAACGAUAUUGCUGAAAACAUAAUGAAAAGUGUAUAAAUAUUUAUUCAAACACAUUUACUCAAAAUCUGUAGAAUGGCUUUCUGCAGUGUAUUAUUAUUAGUUUAUUAUC